AUGCCUCCAGCUCCAGGACAGGAAGACGCCAUCAAGAGGAUGACAAAGAUCCUCAAUAACCUGUGGAGUCGAACCGACAGCGCUCCGUUCCGCGAACCUGUCGACUGGAGAGGACUAGAACUUUUUGACUACCCAAAAGUGAUCAAGAAGAUGAUGGAUCUGGGAACCAUCAAGCGCAGACUGGAGCGCAACCAGUAUGAAACCGCUCAUCAAGUCGCCGAGGAUAUUCGUCUGGUAUGGCACAACUGUAUGACUUACAAUGCUGAUGGCUCGGACUUUUGGCUCUUGGCUAAGAGUUAUUCGCGUCGAUUCGAAGAUAGAUACAGAAAGGUGAAGAAUGAAUUCGACGUGGGGGAAGAUCUGCACGAUGAAGAGGAUGAGAGCGAUGAAUCAUCAGAUGAAGGAGAAUCGUCAAAACGAAAAAGUUCCUCUAGCAAAAAAUCGAAGGAGCCAACGGAUGAAAAUGAAUCAACGCGUUCGGGAAAAAGAGACACCUCCCUGGACUCCAGAGCUCGAUUUGGUUCGAACAUUUUCUUGUUGAAUGGAAUAGAACUAGGGCAUGUUGUGACAACUCUUGAGCUCGAAUGUCCAAAUGCAUUGAUAGAAGACGGAUCGACACAGAUGGAAAUAAACCUUGAUGCAAUCCCUCAAGAAGUCUUUGAACGGCUAAGUGGAUUCAUUGAGUCCAAAAUUGGAAAGCGAAGCCUCUUGGAUAUCAAUCACGAGGACGACGAGUCUGAAGAGAGGAUCCCAAAAAAGAAGAAGAAGAAGAGCUAA